AUUUUCUGUGUAGAACGGAUGUGGGCGGACUCUUUAGACUCCAUUCUCUGUAGUGCUGGUAGUUUCGCUAGGAGGGAGACAUGAGAGUGGGGAGCGGCCGAGAAAGAGGAGCCUGACCCCGGGAGGAGGAAAACAAAGUAACCUGAGUAGUGUCCCCGCAAGCACACAAAGAACAUAUAAAUUCCUUGAUAGCACAUUGGCUGGAGUCAACCCUGGAACUCCUGCAAGACAGCAAUGAGCCACCAUUGUGCUUAUAACCAGCUUCCCAGGGAUUGAUCGGGCUCAAGUCUGUUCAGCCCAUUUUUACCAACAUGAAUGAAGUGAUGGUGAUUAAAGAAGGUUGGCUUCAAAAAAGAGGGGAGUAUAUUAAAACAUGGAGACCACGAUAUUUCCUUCUGAAAAGUGAUGGUUCCUUUAUUGGCUAUAAAGAGAAGCCAGAGUCCACAGAGCACAAUGUGGUGCUUCCACCCCUCAAUAACUUCUCUGUUGCAGAAUGUCAGCUAAUGAAGACAGAACGGCCUAGGCCCAACACAUUUGUGAUUCGGUGCCUACAAUGGACUACCGUUAUUGAACGGACUUUUCAUGUUGACACACCUGAGGAAAGGGAAGAAUGGAUUAUUGCCAUCCAGACAGUGGCCAAUGGCCUGAAGAACCAGGUGCCCGAAGAUGAGGAGGAGGAAGCCAUGGAAGUUAAGUAUGGCUCCCCCAGCGAUGUCUCAAGUGCCGAGCAAAUGGAUGUUGCAAUGUCCAAAGGGCACCCCAAAGUGACCAUGAAUGAUUUUGACUACCUCAAAUUGCUGGGAAAAGGGACCUUUGGGAAGGUUAUCCUUGUCCGAGAGAAAGCUACCGGACGUUACUACGCUAUGAAGAUCCUUCGAAAAGAGGUCAUAAUUGCUAAGGAUGAAGUUGCUCAUACACUUACAGAAAGCAGAGUUUUGCAGAACACAAAACACCCGUUUUUGACGGCAUUAAAGUAUGCAUUUCAGACCAGUGACAGACUCUGCUUUGUUAUGGAAUAUGCUAAUGGUGGAGAGCUUUUUUUCCAUCUUUCACGAGAACGAGUUUUUACAGAGGACAGAGCACGCUUUUAUGGAGCAGAGAUUGUGUCUGCUUUAGAAUAUCUACAUUCUCGAAAUGUGGUAUACAGAGACAUCAAGCUGGAGAAUCUCAUGCUGGAUAAGGAUGGCCAUGUCAAGAUUACAGAUUUUGGUUUGUGUAAAGAAGGCAUCACAGAUGGAGCUACCAUGAGGACCUUCUGUGGCACACCAGAGUACCUUGCCCCUGAGGUGCUUGAAGAUAAUGACUAUGGUCGAGCUGUGGACUGGUGGGGUCUUGGAGUUGUGAUGUAUGAAAUGAUGUGUGGCCGAUUGCCCUUUUAUAACCAAGACCAUGAGAGGUUAUUUGAACUCAUCCUCAUGGAAGAGAUCCGCUUUCCCCGUACGUUAAGCCCAGAGGCAAAAUCUCUGCUUGCUGGACUCUUGAAAAAGGAUCCUAAACAGAGACUAGGAGGGGGUCCUAAUGAUGCCCAAGAGGUCAUGUCGCAUCGAUUCUUUGUUUCUAUCAAUUGGCAAGAUGUAACGGAGAGAAAGCUCACCCCUCCAUUCAAGCCACAAGUCACAUCAGAGAUUGACACAAGAUAUUUUGAUGACGAGUUUACAGCUCAGUCUAUAACAUUGACGCCUCCCGACAGAUAUGAUAACCUCGAUGCCUUAGAAUCAGAUCAGCGCCCUCAUUUUCCUCAAUUCUCUUAUUCUGCAAGCAUACGGGAGUAAAGUUCUUUUUCAAUACAGCGACAGCUGGGAUGGCAAACUAAAAGACUUUUGCAUUCUACUGGAAGAGGAAAUCAUUUUACUCCCUUUCUGCAAUAAAGAGAUUUUUGUAUAGCCUCCCACAUUAUUACACAAGAAACUGCAAAUUAGCAGAGGAAGGAAAAAAAAUCCAGCACAACUUUACCCAAUGGAUAAAAUAUCAUAUUGAAGCCACAAUGGAAUGGAUUGGUUCAUGCAUUUUAAACUGAAUUGCCUUUACUGCUGGAACAGUGGCAGGAUUAUAAGCCAUAUAGGGAGAGGGAGCAAAUUUAAGGGUAGCAAUUCAUCCCAGAAUGUUUUGCAACCAACACAACGCUUAGGCUAGAAUGUCUCAUGCCAGCCAUUUCUGGUGACUGUAACGGUACAAUAUUUUUAGUGUGAGAAUGUUCGACAAGAAAAUGCCCACCCAUUCGAUGAUUUAAUGUAGGAGACGAUGAUAAGCUUCUGGGAUAUAAUAUUGUGGUCCCGGUCAGUUCGGUACAACCAAGAAACACAAAACUGUCAUUUUGUGUUCCUUCAUGCGUUUUAUCGUCUUACUGAUAUAACCAAAAAGAAGCCUUAACAGAACAACAAUGGCAAUCUAAAGAAUAUGCUUUUUUAUCCGUGGUAAGAAACUUGCACCAGAAACACUUUGUUUUGUUAUAUAAGUGGCUUGACUUUAAAAGCUGAAUGUAAACACAUCAUCCUCUUUUAUUUAAUAUUUCAUGUCCCCGCUUAUAAAUUGUGCGUGAAACAAAUCUCAAAUGUUACUUUUUCCAAUUUGAAUCCUUCUUUCCUCUGAACCUAUGGGCAAAAACUGCUUUACCCAAUUGGAUUUCAAUUCCAGCCUCUGCCAUGGGUGAAGGAGCAUUCUGGCUGGCUGUUGUUACCAGAAACAUAAUUAACCAUACCCCCAGCUUGUCUUCUGUGUAAGUUCUUUGUGUUGGCACAUCCUGCUGGGAAAGAGGGGUAAGGUGUUUUUUCUUUAUAAACUGGAAAUGGCUGUUUUCAAUUAAAAUUUGAUUUUAAACCUAGGCUGCACUAUACUAGAUACCAGUAGAGUUCAGUGCGGCAUUCUAUGAAGCAAUAAUGCAUUUCUCAUGUACGGAAGGUUAGUCCUUUCUGCUUGCUGGAGUCCUGUUUUUAAAUGUGCAGUCUUACUUCAAAGGUCAUCUUUUUUUUUUUUUUUUCUUCCCCAAGUAGUUGCUUCCAAAAUAAUGGUUAUUUAAUUUCACCCCAUUUGUUCCCCCCCCCCAUGAUCACAGUUUUGAUGCAUCACUUAUGACUGUCAAAAAUGUUUUUACAUUGGACAGAGAUCUAGAAAAAUAGUCAUUUUCCUUGGAUCCUCUCUUAAAAUCCCAUGUUAUUGUAAUGCAGAACUGCAAAACGUGUGCCUACAAAAGCUGGUAAGCCUGAUAUUACUAAAAGGCAUCAGCAUAAGAUUGUACAAAUAUUUGUUUACCAUGAAAUUGAUAAAAAAAUAUAUAUAGAGAGAAUGCAUUGUUCUAAGAGAGGCAGUUCCUUUAAGUAUUAUCCUUUUCUGUAUGGGGGAAUUUCACUUUGCCCCAGAUUGCUACAUUUUGUAAACAUAUGAGAUGAAUACUCAAUUUUUCCUCAAUACUCUGUUGUUGUUGUUGUGGAUAUAAAACAACAAAACAAUAUUUUAA